AACAACAUUUCAAUGCGAUUACUUCAUUGCAGUUUACGAGAGAGGGUUUGCCAAGUCUUGAACAACAGAUGCAGUUGCUCGACUUGCAUGACUCGCUAGUGGUUCUCUUUCGGAUGAUCGAAGACCAACGACUGUGGAAUUCAACUGCGUCUGAUUUCUUUUCUCGUAUUGUCAAUGAGUACAAUCUGCAAGGUAUCAAUGGAAGGAUUCAAUUCAGAACUACUUCAGAGAGAGUCUAUCCAAUGCUUUACAACAUCCUGGACAUCAGUCCCUUUCUCGUUGCCACAAUUGGAGUUUAUGACGUCAGCACCGGUUGGGUACGAAAAUUAUCGUCUUUAAGUGCAAAGGGCAUAAAGAGAUCUCAUCUUUAUCGAAGAUCUGCACAAACCUGUUAUCCUGCUGAAGGUCAUUUCAGAACCACAACCAUGAUAGUAAUCUCAAUAAAUGUGAUAAAGAGAUGCAUGAGUAUAAGCUGA